AUGUCUGAUGGUAACAAGUCCCUUAUUGUGCGAAUACAAAGGAAAGAAGGAAAGAAAGAAGAUAGCAAUGGCGAUACCAGAUACGACCACCACUCCUUCUGCGGCUGA